AUGCAGCGAGAGGCUGCAGCUAAAAUGCACAAGAUAGAGUCCUUUUGGUCACCAGUAAUUGCAAGUAUAACAAAUAUCAACAUCACUAAUUUGAAGAAUAAUCAUGACAUGGGAACUGAGGUUGCCAGAGAUUACAAUAUUAUGUCUCCUGGAAACUUA